AUGGCCCCCGGCGCACUCGUGUCAGAGACCUCAAGUGUGGGCAGCGGGCUGUCAGGAAAGAGGAAGAACGACCAGGCGCCGCGGUCUGUUUUUCCUGAUGGCAUUCGCACGUCAGGCCAGCACCCCCCCCUGUACGAGCAAUUGCAGCCGUACGCCGACUUCCCCAAGGAGAUCACAGGGCCGACGGUGUGGAAAAAAGAUGAUUACGAGAACAAACCCGAGCGCUGGGUGCACCGGUUUACGGCAGAGGAGAUUCAGGAGCUGAGUGACACGUCGGAUGCUUUUAUCGCCAGUGGGACGCCUCUGACAGGCAUCUCCAAGAGCAACUUCCCACUGCCCAAGUUGUCGGCAGCACUUGCGCGAGUCCGUACCGACCUGAUAGACGGCAAAGGAUUUGUGCUCUUCAAGGGCUUCCCGGCGGAUAUCUGGGGUCCGCACAAGAACGCGGUCGGUUACAUGGGAUUGGGCACAUACCUUGGAUACUUUGUGUCGCAGAACGGGCGCGGCCAUGUGCUAGGCCACGUCAAGGAUGUCGGCGACGACCCGACACAGAUCCACAAGGUUCGUAUCUACCGCACGACGGCGCGGCAGUUUUUCCACGCAGACAACGGUGACCUCGUGGGGCUGCUGUGCGUGCACCGUGCGCUCGAGGGCGGCGAGAGCGACAUUGUCAGCGUGCACGACGUUUGGAACACGCUGCAGCGCGAGAACCCCGACGUGGCCGAGCUGUUGACGCAGCCGAUCUGGUACUUUGACCGGAAGGGCGAGGUAUCCGAGGGCGAAGAACCCUACAUCCGCCAGUCCGUGUUGUACCUCGAGCCCGGCGGCCAGGAACGUCUGUAUAUCAAGUGGGACCCAUACUAUGUGCGCUCGCUGUCUCGCUUCUCCGACCAGGGUCUGAUCCCGCCCUUGAGUGCCGAGCAGAUACGCGCCAUACAAGUUCUCGAGGACACCUGCCAGCGCCUGUCACUGCACAUGAUCCUCGAGGUCGGUGACAUCCAGAUCGUCAGCAACAACCACCUGCUGCAUGCGCGGACGGCAUACAAAGACUAUCCUGCACCGGAACCCCGUCGUCAUCUCUUGCGUCUGUGGUUGUCCACACCCGAGAGCGAGGGCGGCUGGAAGUUGCCCUACCCCGACAGCCUGGAGCUGAAGCGGGGUGGCAUCCAGGUCAACGACACUCCACCGACGUGUCCUCUGGAUGCCGAGUAA